AUGGGCAAGUACAACUUCAAGCUCGCCAAGCAGGUGCUCACCGACGGCGAGAAAGACCGCAUCCUCGCCAUCUACCUCAACACGAACGACGGCGUGAUCGACUGGGCUACCGCCACCAGCGACUUCGGCGCCGCCUCCGCCGAGUCCAUGAAGGUGUCCCUCCGCAACACCAUGAAGAAGCUCGACAAGAGCGCUGUCGGCGAAGCCCCAGAGAGCGAGGAUCCACCUGCCGAGACCGCCACCAAGGGCAAGAAGCGCAAGGCCGCUCCCGCGGAGGGAGAGGAGACCAAGGGCAAGAAGCGCGGCCGCAAGGCCAAGAAGGAGGUCGCUGCUGAGGAGAGCGCCGAGGUGAAGGAGGAGACCGAGUAG